CUAACUGUGCCACAGNNCGCGCUUUUCGUCAAGAACCUCAACUACAACGUCAGUCCCGACGACCUCUUCGAGCUCUUUGGCAAAUUCGGUCCUGUCCGCCAAAUCCGUCAGGGCAUCGCCAACAACACAAAGGGCACCGCAUUCGUUGUCUACGAGGAUGUUGUAGACGCCAAACAAGCCUGCGACAAGCUUAACGGUUUCAAUUUCCAGAACCGCUACCUCGUCGUCCUCUACCACCAGCCAGAGAAGAUGGCCCGUCAAGCACAAGAUCUCCAGCAGCGCCAGGACGACUUAGAAAAGCUCAAACGCCAGCACGGUAUCGAUUAG